AUGUAUAGAGGGAUAAUGGAGCAGGAGAAAUUACCCGUUGUUCCACCUGGGUGCUCGACUGAUGAUCCAGAAACAAUUAAAGAGUUUUUAACCAAGGCUAGGGCUGCGCUUAUUGCAGUAGGAAUUGUUAGGGACAGUGUUUUGGCUAAUGGGAAAGACAGUGGAAAGUUAUCAGGACGUAUUAUUGAUUCUGACAUGCAUGAUGUUGGACGAUUUCUAAAUCGCCUCUUGGGAUUGCCACCUGAUAUUCAGAACAGGCUGUUUGAAUUGUUUACGAGUAUAUUAGAUGUGCUUGUACAUAACGCUCGGAUUGAAGGAACUUUUGAUUCGGGAAUCGUGGAUAUGAAAGCUAAUAGCGUUGAGCUGCUGACCACUCCAAAGACCGUCCAUGUGGAUCAAAUGUCUGGUGCCUCUACUAUGCUCUUUACUUUCACUCUAGAUCGUGGUAUUACAUGGGAGUCUGCAAGUUCAAUGCUAGAGGGGAAGAGAAGGGAUGGGCUUGGCUCGGCUAGUGAUGGCUUUUAUGAAUCUAAGAGGGAAUGGUUAGGAAGACGACACUUCAUAUUAGCAUUUGAGAGUACGGCCUCUGGGUUGUUUAAGACUGUCCGUCCUGCGGUAGGAGAGUCGAUCAGAGAGAUGUCUCUUUCAGAGUUGAAAACCAAAUACCGAAAACUCUCAUCUCUGGAGAAGGCUCGUACUGGUUGGGAAGACGAGUACGAAGUUUCAUCUAAACAGUGUAUGCAUGGACGUAAGUGUAAGCUGGGAGAGUAUUGCACAGUUGGAAGAAGAAUACAGGAAGUAAACGUUGUGGGCGGACUCAUUCUUCCCAUCUGGGGAACCAUUGAGAAAGCUCUUUCCAAACAAGCCCGUCAAAGCCACAAGAGAAUUCGAGUGAUACGCAUAGAGACGACGACGGAUAAUCAGCGAAUAGUGGGACUCUCUAUCCCUAAUGCAGCUGUAGAAACUGUGUUACAAGAUUUAGCAUGGGUUCAAGAGAUUGAUGAUUGA